AUGGGUUAUCCAACGGCACCCCACAAAAGCCAAAAAAGAGACGGCUACAGCGACCACACACUUGACAUGGACUACAUCGACGACAACAUGACUUUCAUACCAUCGGAACGAUGUACCGUAUCAAGCGGCACUGUAUGUGUAGAUCCGCGCGCGUCGAAAGUUCUGAUUAUUUUCAACAGACGGCUUGGGAUCUGGCAGCUACCAAAAGGCAGGAAGAACAUUGGUGAGGAUCUCCAGUCGGCGGCUCUGCGUGAAACAUACGAAGAGACCGGGGUGCGAGCCAACUUACUGCCUCUCAAAAUCCGAACGCGCUCAACUACACAACCCAAUGUCAUUAACGACUCCGCUGUCGAUGCAACCCGGAGGAGAAAUUUUGCUGCAACUCACCGAACAACACAUUCCGCAGCGUCGGUAUCGUCUGUGUCCACGGCGUAUAGCACAUCAAUUAUGUCAACUGCUUCAACUGCUUCUUCUACACCCAUCCAAUCUUACACACCCACAUUGCCAGAGAAAGGGCCGCUUGAGGUUGACGGGGACGGCUCUGUGCAGUCCGAGAAACACGGGAGGACGCUGGCCGCAGAGGGUCAAGACUUCGCUCUUGUCGAUGGCUCAGCAGUUGAGACGGUGCCGGUCGUGGCAACGGUUGUCGAUCCCAAAUUGACGUGCGGUUUGUUCAAUAGUGAACUCGUUGGUGUUAUCCAGUACCCUGAUUUGCAGGCUGCCACUCCAAAUACCAUCAAGACCGUCUUUUUCUUUGCCGCAUUCGCCGAUUCGACAGCUGCCAUGGGCCCUGGUGCGCAGGAGGACCACGAGGAUCUACGGGCCGAGUGGGUGGACUUUCAGAUUGCCAGCCAGCGGUUACGCUUCCGUCCAGAAAAAGAAGCCAUGUGGAAGGUUCGACAGGACAUGGCAAGAUCAGGGCUUUAG